AUGGUAAAUACAGAGGGGGAUAUGCAUAAACAGAUACCCAAAACCUGCAUAUUGCAAACAUGGCAUCAAAAUUACACUUCUGGGAAACCACCUAGUGUGUCUGGAGGACACAGGCUAAAUGAAACUGAAAACAGACGCCACGCUGACUGGAGGGUCCCGGUGGCCCUCAAAUGCCUGCAGGGGCCGCUGCUAGACAGUGAUAGAAACCAUCUUCUAAAAGAAGCAGAGAUAUUACACAAAGCCAGGUUUAGUUACAUUCUGCCAAUUUUGGGAAUUUGCAACGAGCCUGAAUUUCUGGGGUUAGUAACAGAAUACAUGACAAAUGGGUCAUUAAACCAGCUUUUACAUGGGAAAGAUGUAUAUCCUGACAUUCCCUGGUGCCUGAGAUUCCGCAUUCUUUAUGAAAUUGCAUUGGGAGUAAACUAUCUGCACAACUUGAAUCCUCCAUUGCUGCACCAUGACUUGAAAACUCAGAAUAUUUUGCUGGAUAAUGAGUUUCAUGUCAAGAUUGCAGAUUUUGGCAUGUCAAAAUGGCGUGUCAUAUCCAUGUCGCAAUCACGAAGUGAAACCUCUUUGCCAGAAGGAGGGACGAUUAUUUACAUGCCACCUGAAGAUUACAAUCCAAGUCAGAAAACCCGUGCAAGUGUAAAACACGAUAUCUACAGUUAUGCAAUUAUUAUGUGGGAAGUGAUGUCAAGGAAACAGCCAUUUGAAGAAGUUAUAAACCCCUUGCAGAUAAUGUAUAGUGUGUCACAAGGACAGCGACUAGACUUAAGUGAAGAAAGUUUAUCAAUGGACAUUCCUCAUCGAGUGCUCAUCAUAAGAUUGAUAGGAAGUGGAUGGGCACAAAACCCAGAUGAAAGACCAUCGUUCUUAAAAUGCUUAAUAGACCUUGAGCCAGUCCUGCGAACAUUUGAUGAAAUAGCUAUGCUGGAAGCAGUAAUUCUGUUAAAGAGAUCAAAGUCACUAUAUGAAUCACGAUGUAUUUACAAGAGUGGAAAGAAAGCAGAUGUGGAGCAGAUAUCUCUAAAUAUACCUCUGAAUCCCCAAGAGGAAACAUAUUCUGGCUCCAUACAAUGUGAUGCACUUCCUCUUCGGAGCAUCUCUCCAGAUAUAUCAAGACUCAAGUCUGUUCCCAAGUGUAAUAUCCUCUCAUCAGAUGGAAAUUCUGGCGGUCUACACUCUCUCAGCAGUCAGAGCACGGAUGAAAAUAUCUCUGUAACUCAGAGCGCCAAACUUCUUGUGGAUCCAUACAGUUAUUUUCCCUCAUCUGACAAGAGUAUUUCAGAUGCCUCAAAUUCUGCAUCAUGUAUGCUGCGGUCAUCACCAAUUCCUUCAGUCUCAGAUUUUGUUUUGGAAACGGUACAACAGAAUGUAGCUCAUCAAUGGAUCCAAAGUAAAAGAGAAGAAAUUAUUGAUCAGAUGACUGAAGCAUGUUUGAAUCAGUCACUGGAUGCUCUUCUAUCAAGAUUUUUACUCAUGAAAGAAGACUAUGAACUUAUAAGCACCAAACCUACAAGGACAUCAAAAGUCCGACAACUUCUUGAUACCUCGGACAGCCAAGGAGAGGAAUUUGCCAGAAUUAUAAUACAAAAGUUGAAAGAUAACAAACAGCUAGGACUUCAACCUUAUCCAGACAUUGUAUCUCAUUCUCUAAGACUGCAUCUUUAAAUUUAUUCUUUCUGUAUGAAGCCAUGUGAAUAUUUCUUACAACACGAUUCUUGUUUCUAUAUAGUAGUUUUAUAUAUGGACUGCUUUGUCUUUACUGUGCCUUUGUAGAGUCUCAGAAAUGACACUGAGUUCAUCUAGACUGCAUUUGGUGAGUUACAAAUUAAUCAGUUGGAGUGCAGUCAUAAAGCCAAACACUUGACACUUAUUGACUCAAUUCAUGUAAGUAUUU